CUAGUAAUUAAUCAUUCUCCGCAACUUAUUCGUUCUUUUGGUUUUGGGUCUUCGAAUUUUUCUCGGAGAGUUUUUCUGUUUGUUUCUCAGAAAGUUUUCUGUUCUUGAAUUUUAUCGGCUACUUGAGCUACAGUUUGUCUGGGGCCACGCUUGUUUGGUAGUCUGAAACCCAUAAAAACUUAAAGUUGCUUUAUGAGAUUUGAUGCUUUAUUCUUUGGGUUCCAAGGAUUCAACUGCGUCAAUGAUGGCACAUGCUGGUUCUAUUAGAUUGUCCCGUGAACUGGAGAUAUGUAGUAGUUAUGGAUGUAGUAACCAACAUACUAAUGUGAUGGGAAAGGGUCGAUUAAGCUUGGUGCGCAUCAAUCUUUCAUCGAAUGGUUUGCGACAGGAUGCCUGGAGUCUCCAUCUUUUAAGCAGUGUGCGUGGUCCAAUAUGUCCUGUAUCCUCCAGAUGUAAUGUUUUCUUGUGCCAAUCUGUUCUAGCACCUGGUGGAGGAAAUGAGACUCCUCUUCUGAAAUCUGCAACCGUGGUUUUAAUGAGGUCAUGUGAGGCUCUACGUGGGAAGCCUCUAGCACUUUUGAUUCCAGCUGUUGGUAUCAUUGCUUUUGCUGCUUGGGGUCUUGAGCCACUCAUGUGUCUGAGCAGAACUGUAUUUCUUCAUAGAACUGAUAGUAGUUGGAAGAAAAGUCGUACAUUCUAUGUUAUGACUUCUUAUCUUCAGCCUUUGCUGCUAUGGACUGGAGCAAUACUAAUCUGCAGAGCAUUGGAUCGUGUAGUCCUAUCUUCAGAAGCAAGCCAAGCUGUCAAACGACGACUUUUGAAUUUUGUACAAUCAUUAUCGACAGUGCUAGCAUUUGCCUAUUGUUCAUCAAGCUUGAUUCAACAGGCACAAAAAUUCUUUAUGGAGACAAAUGACCACACUGAUGCAAGAAAUAUGAGCUUCGGUUUUGCUGGGAAAGCUGUUUAUACUGCAGUUUGGGUUGCUGCUGUCUCAUUGUUCAUGGAGUUGUUGGGUUUCUCUACCCAAAAGUGGCUAACUGCCGGUGGUCUUGGCACAGUAUUGCUCACGCUUGCUGGUCGUGAGAUAUUUACCAAUUUCCUUUCAAGUGUAAUGAUUCAUGCAACGCGACCAUUUGUUGUGAAUGAAUGGAUUCAAACAAAGAUUGAAGGCUAUGAAGUUUCUGGCACAGUUGAGCAUGUGGGUUGGUGGUCGCCAACAAUUAUAAGAGGUGAUGAUCGUGAAGCAGUUCACAUUCCAAACCACCAGUUCACUGUUAACGUUGUGAGGAACCUUAGUCAGAAGACGCAUUGGCGCAUCAAGACCCAUCUUGCCAUCAGUCACUUGGAUGUUAAUAAGAUCAAUACUAUUGUAGCCGAUAUGCGCAAGGUUUUGGCCAAAAAUCCUCAAGUAGAGCAGCAAAGGUUGCACAGAAGAGUUUUUCUAGAAAAUAUCAAUCCAGAAAAUCAGGCUCUUAUGAUUUUGGUAUCUUGCUUUGUGAAAACCUCACAUUUUGAAGAGUACCUCUGUGUCAAGGAAGCAAUACUGCUGGAUCUUCUCAGAGUUAUCAGCCAUCAUCGGGCCCGGCUUGCCACACCCAUUCGCACAGUGCAGAAAGUAUACAGUGAGGCUGACUUGGAAAAUAUUCCGUUUGCUGACACCAUUUUCACUCGUUCAGGAGCAGCCGCUAAGGGUCCCAUCCUACUCAUUGAACCCUCUUAUAGAAUCAGUGGUGAUGAUAAAAGUAAGACUUCGGCUCGUCCAGUACGUAAUGGAGAAAAAGACGCCAAGGUUGAAGCUGUAUCAACACCCGACUCCAAGGCGGAUGCAAAGGCUGGAUCAGACACAAGUUCAACUUCUAAGACUUCAUCUGACAACGGAACCAGAAAUUUGGUGUCUGAUGGUUCGGCCCAAAACAACUCCAAAAUGCUGCAUCUCAAGCAAGAAACCGCAGGAGAUGUAGGAAAGGAGACAAUAGAACUGAAUUCCAAAGAUGUAACACCAUGUGAGUCAAUGGCUGAGAAGCCAUUAGCUACUUCCCUGGAAACAGGCAAUGAAAAAUUGGAUAAUGCUUCAGCCGAUUUACAAGCGAAGCAAGAUGGUGGGAGGAGGCCUCCCUUGGAAGAGAAUAUUGUUCUUGGCGUAGCAUUAGAAGGGUCAAAACGAACGCUUCCAAUUGAGGAGGAAGUGGCUCCUUCUCCAACGCAUGUAGAGUCAAAAGAAUUUAGUGCUAGGAGAAAUGGGUGCGAGUCUCCUCCCAUUAGCAAAGACAAGAAGGAUGGUCAAAUUCCAGCAGUUCCUAGCGGCGCACAAAAUGAUUAACUGCAUGAAAAAGGUGACGAUUACUGAUAUUGUGAUCUAUGCUCCUACCGAUUGAAGUUACAGGUGUAUGCGGCUGAGUUUUUGAAAGCAGCAUUACAUGAAAUCCCAUGAUUGUAAUUUGUAAAUAAUUGUCGAAUCAAACAGAGACAUUCACGGCAGACAUCAUGAUUUGCCAGUGUUAUUAGAUCGGUGAAAUCUUAUGUGUUUUCACCAUUUCAUUUUAUGCUGUUUUUGUCA